GCGUUACCGGGAUGGACGAUAUCAUUUGCUCAGCUAAAGCUCACGAAGUACCGUGUUUCUUCUCGUGUUCAUUUGUGUACGUGCGGUGCUAAAAGUACAAUAUUCAAGAUGAAAGCUAUGGUGUGUGCUCUUGCCCUGGCCGCCGUCCUGGCCGUUGCCAACUGUGCCCCGUACCAAAUUGCGUACCUGAUCCCGGUCGAUGCCCCGGUUGCCCGUGUUGCCCGUGCCGCACAGUUCAGCGGCAGUGCAGCUAAUGCCGGCGCACAGUCGUUCAGCUCCGGUGGUUUCCCCGGCUUCGGAGGAUUCUCUGGCUCGGCCGCUAAUGCCGCCUCGAACUCGUUCUCGUCCGGCGGUGGAUUCCCCGGCCAUGGUGGAUUCUCGGGCUCUGCUGCCUCUGCCGGUGCUCAGUCCUUCUCGGGCGGUGCUGGCGGAUUCCCCGGAUUCGGUGGAUUCAGUGGCUCGGCUGCCAAUGCCGGUGCCCAGUCGUUCAGCGGUUAAGCGGCCGUAGAUCGCUACCAACGAUCAGCUUCCUUGCUACGGGAACCUCGAGCAGGAACGCUACAGCAAACGCUUGGCGCGACAACAUCCGCACCAUACUACGCCGAACAGGAAAAGAACUAAGACACGCACACACAGUAUAAAAUACACUUAUGUUACUCUACUGACGGCCAGGAUUACGUUCUAGAAAUCGGUAGUCUGUACAAUUUACACACGCAAACACAAGAUGCACAAAAUUUAUAAAAAAAAAAUACGAAAGCACACACGUGAAUCAACGAAAUUACAUUGACACACAUGACAAUUGCGGCCGUCGUUACAU